UCAAUGUCGGAACAGCUGACGUGCGUAAAUUUUUCUCAGUUAUCGCCGGCAAUUAGAAAAUAUACAAAUUUUAAUUGUUUUGAAUGAAAUAUUUGCAAUAAAUGUAUUCCCAACGCGGAUUAAUAACGCUUUUAACACAAUGCAGCCUCCGAAGUACAAAGCGAUGGACACAUAACGAAGUGCGUGUGCGUUUCGCGCCUAGUCCAACAGGUCACCUGCACUUGGGAGGACUUCGCACAGCAUUGUACAAUUAUUUAUAUGCACGUAAUAAAAACGGAAAAUUUUUGCUACGAAUAGAAGAUACAGAUCAAACGAGACUGGUGCCAGGUGCUACUGAAAGUUUGAUUGAAGAUUUAUUAUGGGCAGGCUUGCACAUCGACGAAGGGCCUGGAUUUGGUGGGGAACGCGGUCCAUAUGUGCAAAGCCAACGCAUGACAUAUUAUCACGACGCUGUUCAGGCAUUGCUAGAAAAUGAUACGGCUUACCGCUGCUUUUGCACCGAACGACGUUUGGAUCUGCUACGUAAGGAAGCACUUCGUACACGCCAAAUACCACGAUACGAUAACAAAUGUCGCUACCUAACACCCCAACAAGUAGCCGUUUUAUUGGCCAAAAACACUCCAUAUUGCAUACGAUUUAAACUAACGUCUCAUGAGGAACCAUUGCAAGACUUAAUUUACGGUCCAGUAUCGCAUAACGUUAGUGAAAGCGAAGGCGAUCCCGUUAUUAUAAAAACCGACAACUUUCCAACAUAUCACUUUGCGAACGUAGUGGACGACCAUUUAAUGGGCAUAACACAUGUAUUUCGCGGAGUUGAAUGGCAAAUAUCGACUACGAAGCAUUUAUUGCUCUAUAAAGCAUUCGGCUGGCAGCCACCAUUGUACGGCCAUCUUCCGCUUUUGGUCAACUCGGACGGCACAAAAUUGAGUAAACGCCAAGGAGAUAUUGGCAUUAGACAUUUCCGUGAAAAAGGAUAUUUCUCCGAAGCGCUCGUGAACUAUGUGGUCAGUGCUGGCGGUGGAUUCGAACAUACACCUGGACAAAAACAACUAAUUUAUUCAAUGGAGGAAUUAGCAGAAAAGUUUGACAUUAAGCGCGUUAAUUCGCACCCCAGCCGUUUAAAUCCUGAUCUGCUAAACGACUUCAACCGUUUGCACAUACUCAAAAUGCUGCAAACAAAAACUAGUACCGAACUUUUGGUGCAGCGCGUGCAGGUGUUGGUGCGGCACGCUUAUCCCAAUGAACGUAAUCUCGAUUUGGGUGAUCAACACAUUGAAAAUGUCCUAAAAUGGGCGGCUAUGCGUUUGACAUUCAUACAGGACUUGACUGCGUCAAAGCUAAGUUUCCUUUGGGUCCGGCCUGCAGACUUCAAAUUGAAACACAUAACGAGUGAUCAAAUGCAGUCGUUGAUAGACAGUUUAGUGGAUGUGGAAUUCACAAAGGAUAAUCUUAAUCAAAAACUAAAGGAAUUUGCUGAGGUAAAUCAUCUCAAAUUCGCUGUUUUCAUGAAGACACUCCGUUCAGCUUUAAGCGGUUUGAAGGAAGGUCCAGGUGUUGCAGAAAUGAUGGAUAUUCUUGGGAAGGACUCUGUAUUGCAGCGUCUUAAAAGCACUUUAAAUGUGCCAAGCACGGCAGAAGCGGCAAAAGCCGCCAAAGAAACAUAGCCCUUGUUAAUCUGUGAAUAAAAGUUAACUACUAUUUAAGAGAAACAAA